AUGGAGGAUCCCGGUGAAAGCCGAGCACCGGGCGCUGAAGCUCACAGUGGUCCCCGUCGAACCAUUUCUCACUCUUCUCACUCGUCUUCUCACUCUAUUCCUUCUGUGGGGUCUUUCGCCGCGUCUUCUCUGACGCGUCUGGCGUCGUUGAUUGCGACGGCGCCACUGCCGCCAGAGCUGCGCGCUGCGUUCCCCGCACAUGCAAAUCCAGAGAAGAAUUCCAGUCCAGAGAAGCAGGCGGAGCUCCAGCGCGUCUUGGAGGAGUCGGUUCUCAGUCGCGUCGCGCGCGCGCAAGCAACAUACGGCGUCGCGGCGCCGGAGGCCUCAGACUCCAAAACCGUCCACGCCCAGAGACAGCAGGUGUAUGGACACCUCAUGCGAGAGUUGUCGGCGUCGCCUUCUCCUCGCGCAGCGGCUGCGCUGCCGGCGUUAGUCCCGCGUCUGGAGCGCCUGCUGCUCUCGGCGACGACGCAGAGUCCGUCGACGCCUCUGCAGCGCCCGGAGUCGAUUUUUCAGCUUCUGUUACAUUUGGCGGAGCUCCGGAGAGCAGCCUCCCGCCGGGUCGAAGCCUCGGCCUUUUCCAGGACUUCUCAGACCGCAGACACGGCUGCGAAAGUGGAGAGAAAGCUCCCUCACGUUCGUGCGUCCACAGUCUCGGCGGCGACGACGCCGCGGAGCAUCCGGUGCGAGAGCAUCUCGAGUGUACAUACAGCGCAGACAGACGGGACGUUCCCUCAGAGCGCCGGGCCGCGCGAGCGACGCGGAGAAAGGCGCGACUCUGCGCGCGAGGAAAAUGCCUUUGCAGGAAGGCGUGAAGACACCGCAGAGAGCUCUGAAGUUCUGGACGAGAAAGAGAGUCCACACGAACUUGGGCUCGUAUACGACUUGUCUGGAGUCUCGGAAGUCGCGCUUCUGCGAGACAUCGUCUACACUCUUCAAGGUGUCGACGGUGUGCAUGUCUUGUUCGACGAGAAGCUUCAGACGUAUCUUCUCUCGCCCAAGGUCCGUGCGUCGAACAGUCUUCGCGCACUCGUCUCGCAUCUCGCUGGCGUCGGCGCGCUCUACCGGCGGCUCGUCCACGCGCUACAAGCCCCCGAACACGGAGGAAGCGAUGCUGGACAAGAAGGGCAAGGCGUUGUGGCGCAAGCUCUCCGGCAGUGCAUGCAGGAGCAACUUCAAGAGUAUCACAGACUUGUCGCCGCUGUCGAGCAGGAUGUUCUUCGGUCCGCCGAGGACGGAGCUUGGAGCAGCAUCACGCUGCGCAGAUUCGCCGUCUGGCUGCAGGAACCUUUUUGUCGUAUGCGUGCGCUGGCGGCGCUCGCCGAAGAAGCGAAGGGUCUCAAAGGCGGCCCUCUCCUUUCUACCAUUUACGCCCACAGCCUGCGAGGAGAUCCCGAGCUGCGCGUCCUCAUGCUGCACAUCCUGAAACGCGCUGCGGAGCCUGUGACCGACAUGAUCCACGCCUGGAUUGACCACGGCGAACUCCGAGACCCUGCGGACGAAUUCUUUGUGACUCAGCGAUCCCACUGCGCCGUUGAGGACCUCUGGGAUAAGCGGUACUUUGUGAACGUCGAUCGCAUUCCGGUUUUUUUUCCACCCUCUCUGGCCUCUGAAAUUCUGCGCGUUGGCAAGAGCCUCAAUUUCAUGAGGCUGUGUAUGGAUCCCGCAGAGGCCGAGGCCGCAGACUUUCGCUUUCCUUCGCUGUCUGCGCCUGCGCGCGUCUCCUUCGCGGUGGAGCAGUCGAAACGGAGAACCUGCCUGCCGCCCACAGUGGAGAGUGAGCUUGCGCGGCACUGUGACGAGAACGCUCUGAGGAAAGAAGAAACCUGGAGAGGUGCAGAAGGCGGACUCCCGCGAAGUGACGGAGAGAAGACCUUCGCGGCCUUCGCCAAAGGCGACGCGGAACUCGCCUGGGUCAACGAACUCAGAGAGAAAGUCCGAGUCUCCUCAGCCACGAAAAACAAGCGGGUCGUCACCUGUUUGCUGGAGAAACAUCAACUGCUCUUCUACCUGGAAGGCAUUCGCAAAUUUAUUCUUCUGGAGGACGGCGAGUUUACACGAAGUCUGUUGGAGGCAGCUGAGAGCCACGAGGAGCAGCGACGCUCGCAGUCUGCAGAGAGAGAAUUCCAAGGCUUGUGUGCUGAAGGAAUCGCAGCUCAACCUGCCAUCCUCGCUGCAGUCGACGCUGCUGCGAGAGGAAGCGGAGCAGGUGCCGCGUUGUCGGAGAUCUGCCCUGCGUUGCUGCAUGCGCUGCGGGUGCGGUUCCCGCCGGCGCCGGUGUCGGGGGCGACGGCAGGCGAGGCUGUGGGGAGUGUCUCCGCGCAGAGGUGGAACGAGUUUUACCUCGACUUCAAGCUCGGGCCGCCGCUCUCGUGUGUGUGUACACCCGGCGUGAUGGGGGCGUUCCAUAAGAUGUUUUGCCUGCAGUGGAAGCUGCGUCGCGCGGCGCAUGCAGUGACGAGUGCGUGGCUGCAGGGUCGGUCGCUGUACCGCCUGCAGCAGGCACUGCAGCAGCGGAAAGAGAAGCGCGUACGCGAGAACAGGCAGGCGGCGAACUCUGGACAAGGGAACUCCGCGCGGCAAGGGCCGUCAACGCCUCGCGGAAUCUCCAGGCGACGGUCGCGGACGCCGACGCCUGCGCGAGGCAGCGCGUCGCUUCGGCGAGAAGAAGACGGUCGAGACCAGCCGUUCCUGUGGGAGAAACUCCGCGAGAAAGAGGAGCAGGAACAGCAGAGCAUCGCGCAACAAAGGUGUCUCGGUCUCGUCAAUGAGGUCGCUCAAGCCCUUUCCCACCUGCAAGUCUACCUCGUCGAGGAUCUGCUCAACCCCACCUGGAGACGCAUGAUGCGCCUCCUCAUGGCAUGCAACGACUUCGACGAACUCCUGGCCGUACACCAGCAGUGUGUCGAGACGCUCUCCGACGGGAUGUUCCUCUACGACGCAGAGACGCUUCAGAGUCAGCUGCAGGCGCAGCAGAACGCUUCGACGGUCGGCGCCGCGGGAGGACCCUCGACCAGCGCAUGCAGCAACCCAAUUAUUAUGGCGCUCAUCCAGGAGCUCCUCUUCUUGGUCUCUCAAGUGACUGCAACGGCGCGAACUUUGUUUAGCUCUUUGGAGGCCGCGGCGACGGACUCAGACGAGGCGCGAGGGCAGCGCGAGCGCGAAGCAGCAGCGGCGGGGGCGAGUCAGACGCUGCAGCAGAUUCAGCCGCGAGUUCGAGGAGUUCUCCUCGAGCUUCUUCGGCAGAUCGAAGUGAAACAGGCGCAUGUGCGGUCGCGCGCAGGCGCCACCGUCAAAGGCGUCGCGUUCGGUGACCGAGGAGACGCUCUACGAGCUCUGCGUUGCUCGCUGGAUUUCAACGCGUUCUACGAUCACCAGGCGCAACUGGCUGCAGGGAGUCCGCCGUUGGUGUUGCUACCGGCUCUGUCUCCAGCGGUAUCUCCGGUGUCUCCGUACCAUCCCGGCGCGUCAAGUCUCUCGUACCCCACACUGCUGCGGCGCGCGCUUCCGGGCGUCGCCGCCGCGUUCCUCCCGAGUGGACAGACCGCCGGGCAAGAGAAGUCGCACCAGGUUUUGCUGCAGCUGUUGCUUCUCCACCAGCGCCGACAGCAGGAAGACGAGCAGCGCGGGUGCAUGCAGCCUGACGGCGCAGCCGGCCGGCGCGCGACGCCGAGUCCGGCGGAGAAGCGGCAAGAAGUCCCCGAAGGAGACGCGGAGAGAGACGACGGAGAGGGAGAAGACGCUCGCUUCCUUCGCCAGGAGAUGCGGCAGCAGGAAGAAAGGCAUGCGGCGCUGUUGCGCUGUUUGCCUUGGCUGCGAGAGAACGACGCGCACAGAGGCAGGGGGAAGACGCCUUCCAGUCUGGGAGGCGCAGCGAGUGGAUCUCAGGUGUCGCUGUCUUCUGGAGAGACGCCGGGAGUUUUGCCCUCGCGAGGCUGCUGCGGAGACGAGGGAGAAGUUCGCAGAGAGCCUCCAGGACGAGAAAUCCGCUGCGCCCCGCGACUCCUCACCGCGCGCGGCCGACGCGAAGACUCGCCGAGCCCAGACAAGGCACGGCGAACAAACGAGGCCGCGCAUGCAAGCAAAAGCGGAGCGGAGUUUUUUGAAGGAGAGGCGGAGGCGCGUGCAUGCAAGGCGCGAGAAAGCCUUCCAAGCAGAGGCUACGCCGAAGGACCCACACGACCCCCGAGCGGACCAGCGAGUCCAGAAGACUUUGAGUUCGGAAAAUGCCGCCGAGCUAGAGUUCUCUCGACCGACGGCGCUUCGCAUGGACAGAGUCGAUGA